CUGAGCCAGCUACGUCACAGGAGGGCGACACACUCAUCUUUGUCAGUGAACAAAAUGGCGUCCUACUGUUUGACUGUCACCAGACUGCGGCUGGCCCUUGGAACCGGGGCGAGGCGUCUUCAUGUCUCCGCAGCCUUCAGCGCCAAGGCCAAGGUGGCCAUGAGCCGCUUUGAGCCCGGCUCCAGCAUUAACUAUGAGAAGCUGCACGAGAACAUCAACAUUGUGCGCAAGAGGCUCGGCAGGCCUCUCACUCUGUCGGAGAAGAUUGUGUACGGUCACCUGGAUGAUCCAGCGGGGCAGGAUAUCGACCGCGGCCGCACUUACCUGCGCCUGCGUCCAGACCGCGUGGCUAUGCAGGACGCCACAGCUCAGAUGGCCAUGCUACAGUUCAUCAGCAGUGGUCUGGCCAGGGUGGCGGUUCCCUCCACCAUCCACUGUGAUCAUCUGAUUGAGGCUCAGAUCGGAGGAGCCGAGGACCUGCAGAGGGCCAAGGAAGUAAACGAGGAAGUGUACAACUUCCUUGCCACUGCUGGUGCCAAAUAUGGAGUUGGCUUCUGGAAACCUGGAUCAGGGAUCAUCCAUCAGAUAAUCCUGGAGAAUUAUGCCUAUCCCGGAGUGAUGCUGAUUGGUACAGACUCCCACACUCCCAAUGGCGGUGGCCUGGGGUCCAUCUGUAUCGGAGUGGGGGGAGCUGACGCCGUGGAUGUCAUGGCCGGAAUCCCUUGGGAGCUCAAGUGUCCUAAUGUGAUUGGAGUGAAGCUGACAGGAUCCUUGUCUGGCUGGACCUCGCCGAAGGACGUCAUCCUGAAGGUGGCUGGUAUCCUGACUGUGAAGGGCGGCACCGGAGCCAUUGUGGAGUAUCAUGGGCCUGGAGUUGACUCCAUCUCCUGCACUGGAAUGGCCACUAUCUGUAACAUGGGUGCUGAGAUUGGAGCUACCACGUCCGUCUUCCCCUACAACCACCGCAUGAAGACGUACAUGGAGAAAACUGGCCGUGGAGAGAUUGCCUCUGUGGCUGAUCAGUUCAAAGAUGACUUGGUCCCAGAUAAAGGCUGUGAAUACGACCAGGUCAUAGAGAUCAACCUGAGCGAGUUGAAGCCCCACAUCAACGGGCCGUUCACCCCCGACCUGGCCCACCCCGUGUCUGAGAUCGGGGCUACAGCCAAGAAGCACGGCUGGCCCCUGGAGGUUAAAGUCGGUCUGAUCGGCAGCUGCACCAACUCAAGCUACGAGGACAUGGGCAGGGCGGCCUCUCUGGCCAAGCAGGCUUUGGAUAAAGGUCUGAAGUGCAAGGCCCAGUUCACAGUCACCCCUGGUUCUGAGCAGAUCCGCGCCACUAUCGAGAGAGAUGGAUAUUCCAAGAUCCUGAGUGAUGUUGGUGGAAUCGUCCUGGCCAACGCUUGUGGACCCUGCAUCGGACAGUGGGACAGGAAGGAUGUGAAAAAAGGAGAGAAGAAUACUAUCGUCACGUCCUACAACAGGAACUUCACUGCCAGGAAUGAUGCUAACCCAGCUACUCACGCUUUUGUCACCUCUCCUGAGAUUGUCACUGCCAUGGCCAUUGCCGGGACACUCGACUUCAACCCAGAGACCGACUAUCUGACCGCUGCUAAUGGAGAGAAGUUCAAGCUGGAAGCUCCCAACGGUGACGAGCUCCCCUCCAAAGACUUUGACCCGGGCCAGGACACCUACCAGUACCCCCCUGCCGAGGGCAGCUCAGUAAAGGUGGAUGUGAACCCCACCAGUAACCGUCUGCAGCUGCUGGAGCCCUUCGACAAGUGGCAUGGAAAAGACAUGGAGGAGAUGAAGGUCCUCAUCAAGGUGAAGGGAAAGUGCACCACUGACCACAUCAGUGCUGCCGGGCCCUGGCUGAAAUUCCGCGGCCACCUGGACAACAUCUCCAACAACAUGCUGAUCGGUGCAGUCAACAUCGACAACGAUGCCGUCAACAAGGUCAAGAACCUGCUGACAGGAGAGUUCGGAGGCGUUCCUGAUGUGGCCCGCCACUACAAGGCCAACGGAGUGAACUGGGUGGUGGUUGGAGACGAGAACUAUGGAGAGGGCUCCAGUAGAGAGCACGCUGCCCUGGAGCCACGACACCUUGGAGGACGCGCUAUCAUCGUCAAGAGCUUUGCCAGAAUCCACGAGACGAACCUGAAGAAGCAGGGCCUGCUGCCUCUGACCUUUGCCGACCCCCACGACUACGACAAAAUUCGCCCUGAUGACAAGAUCUCAAUCACUGGGCUGAAAUCCUUUGUUCCCGGCAAGGCCCUGGCAGCAGUUAUCAAGCACAGCGACGGCAGCCAGGAGUCCAUUACUCUAAACCACACCUUCAACGAGACGCAGAUCGAGUGGUUCAAGGCCGGCUCCGCUCUCAACAGGAUGAAGGAGAUCCAGUAAUUGGUGGAGAGGAGGGAGGCGGGGCCUGUAGGGGCUGCAGAGGGGCCUUGGCGUGGGUUGAGAAGGGGGGAGAAACGUGGGCCUAGAGAGGGGCUUCGCAAAGAGGAAGAGACGAUGUGAACGGUAGAUGGUAACCAGACUUGUUGGUGUUAAUGUUGGUUCAGGGACAGCUGUAGUCAUGCUCAGUUAACGAAAACACACACGCACACACACGCACACACACAAGGUCGCUGUAAAGAUGAAAAGCGCACACACACGUACACUCGAGCAUGCACACGCACAGACAGGAUUACUGUGGAAGCUCUCACGAACGACAGGCAGAAUUACACAAAUGCACUCAAACAAGCGCACAUAACCCGAAGCUUAGCAGUGUGUGUGUGUGUGUCUCUGUAAUAGACGGCAUCGUUGCUACUGGCAGCACUCCUCAGUUUAAAAUCAGAUUUGUCAAGCUUAGUUGUUCAUUGAGUGUCGCCCUGCAGCAUUCAGCUGACUGCUUCAUACACAGACGCUCAUCUUUCUCCAUUGACGGUGACGUUUAUUUUGCUAAUUUUGUGGAAAUACAGCCUGGUGGAAGCAUUAUACCAUCUUCAAUGACCGUAUCUAGCGGUAUACAAACCUGAUUUGGACUCUGAAUCAAUAAAGUUACUGUAGAUGCAGAAUAUCAAUAAAAUAGUAAAGCAGAGACGAGUUAACGGCUUCCUGCUUUAAUAUCUUAAACUGCAAAAUCCACCCCACAACCAGACAGUUCAUUAAACCUCCUCUUUAAUGUUUGUCUCAAUAGUUUCCAUCCAAACGGCUCAAUAAGCUCACUGAGUUCUUCAACUCGCAUGAAUGUACUUUUCCUUCAUUAUCUCCAGACAUCUUUCCCACAUGUCUCUCUAUGAUUAUAAUGCAUCAAAUGGCGAUGAACUCCACUAGUUCCUCUUGUAUCGGGCUGCUAGAUUUGCCAUUAUUGACUUGAACAAGCGUUUCCUCACUCAUUGUCGUUUGGAUCCACACUGUAAACAAACCACCAGACACACUCCCAUCAGCCCCCCCUGCACUGUCAUGGUACAAUUGUAGCCCAAUCCAUUUCCACUCACUCUUGAGAUUUUGUGUGUUUUCAUGCUGUUGCUGUUGUUGCACUUUUCAUUUUGAGCUACAUGUCGGCCAACACGUGAAUCUGUGCUGCUCUUCCAUCUCUUGCUUGCUGUCUUUUUUUGCGUGAUAUAACACCCCAUUGUGUGAAAACUUGGGACUGGGUCAACAAACCACAACACACACUGCCAUUGUGUUAGCGCUAGCCUUGACAUUUUGUUCUUUCCAUCUGUGUUUUUUUCCUGUGUGUGUGUGUGUGUGUGUUAUGCAUGAUUGUUUUUAUUGGGUUAACAUCGGUCUGUGUGUCCCUCUUUGCUCAUCCUGCUCUCACCAGGCUGGUUCAUGCAGUCCAAACCACAACCUGAUAUGUAUGGGGGAAAUAGGCUGUAAUCAGAUUUGUGUUGCUAGACAUCGAAGCUGCUCUGGGCGAGAUUAUUAAUGCAAAUUCUGAAAUCUUCUGUGCUCAUAGGAAAUUGCAGUGUCACAAAAAGUCAGCCGCGACGUCCAGAGAAAGCUCCACUCUCUGAUAGUAGCUCUUUUGUCUCAUCAUCCCAAUUAAAUCCUCCUGAGCAAAGCUUCACAGACGUUUCAUUAUCGUGGUUUCUCUGUGUUAAAGUUUUUUGAGUUAGUCCCCACUAUCAUCUGGAGUCGCCAGCGUGUGAAAUUGCCUCGUGUAGCUGUAACGGGAGAUGACAGGCUGCGUUUGUCUUCGCAUUGAAUGUUGUUUUUUCAGGUUGAGGUUUGGUCCUCCAUAGCAUGAGAAAAAAAGGCCUGCUGCUGUCUUCUUACACUAACUAACGCACAAUCUAGUGUCCAGAUGCCUGUACACUAGCACUUUGUAGAGUUAGGAAAGUAGUUUUUAGGUGUGCUUCGCUUUUUUUCUGCAAACAUUUAACUCUUCAGCGCACAUCUCUGUUGUUCGCGACCCUAUAGGACUGACAUUCAUUAUAAAUACAAAAGAGUUCAGAAGAUAGAAAAUGUAGAUUCAAGAUCAUUCUUGUGUUAAGUUUGAUAUAAACCAGAGUCUUGCCAUGAUGUAUACCUAGUGUGCACCACUGAGACAGUGUGGUUAUAUUGUAUAUUUAUGUGCGUUUAGGGAUGUUUGAGGUCUUUGUUGCUGUGUUUAAUGUGGGAGUAGUGCUGGUCCUCAGCUGUGUUCAGCUCAUCGUCCAGAAAGUCUGUAAAUCCGUCACUUCUUCAUUCUGCUGUCUACGAAGUAAAACUGCUUUGGAUGACUCAUUACAGUUCCUGAGCUAGAUCCCCAUGUACUAAAAUAAGUCAUUGACCUGUGUGUAAAUGAUGUGAUAUAUAGCUGCACUUUGUAUAGGGGUGUGUACAUAAAUCAUAAAUAUAUAAAUAAAGAGAGAAAGGGAGAGAGCAAGUAACAUGCUGUAUGCUGCCUGUCUAAAUGAGAGCUGUUAACUCUGUGACGACUUAUAACAUCAUGAUAUAGAGUCCCCUCUAAUAGAAUGGUUUCACAAACCAGUUUUGGAUUCUGGGUCAAAUAAAAGCACGUAUACUGGAUUGCCGGUUGCUGCUGGGCUUUGACUGAGAAAAGGGACUUGUUAUUUCUAGGAAGAUGGCGCUUGGUGGUUUUGUGUAUUUUUCUUAAGUUAUAGUUUUGUUUAAAUUGUUUUCAGGGACAGAGGUGAUUUGAAAUAGCAGCAGCCCAACUUUAAACGACUCCAUGUCGGGUUUAUCUGUUCAUAUACUCAACACUUUGAGAAUCAUCACGCUUUAUGCCCUCUUUAAUCACUUUGAUGGUUAAACACUCCUCACCAGUGUAUCAGAUUUACUGCCAAAGAUGCCUAAUGAAAAUACUGAGAUGUUGAGAAGUAAAUGGUUACCAUAAAUUGUGUUUGAGAAAUCACCCAUCAUUAUGUGAUCUUUCAAAUACAUCACCGUGUCCAUCGAUUAUGUACAGGGUGUCGUUUCCAACAGAAUUCACCAUGUUUAUUCAUAAAACAUCUUAAAAAAAUACUGAUUACUUUAACCAUCCUUUGUCCUCUGCCAGCACAUUUAAAACAGCCGCUGUGUGUGAAGCAGUUUGAUUAUACUGUGAUGUAACAUAAUGCUUUUGUUGUACACUGGUUCGAGCCAUUUUGAGUUUUAACAGCGCUACUGUAAAGUGACAAAUCAAAAGAUGUUGUUCAUGAAGGCAUGCCUAUUGUGUCAUUUUGUACUCAGGUGUGCUCCGUUCGGUCAGGCUUCCUCUGAUGUGUUUGAAAUCAGUUUUACAUAACAUGCUUCACCUGUUCAGAUACAUACGGCAAAUUAAUAUGGAAUAUGAAGAGAUGUUUUAUCGUAGCGAUGAUUCCCCUCACACUCCGGUUUCAGCAGUAAACGUGACUUCGCUUGAGAGAUUUAAAUGAUCUGCACAUUUACAAAUUAACUGGUAAAUUAAUAAAGAUAAACUUCCGAAGUGAA